UUUCCCUCAUGCAUAUGCCCAAACAGAAGAUUGUUCAGUUUUCGUUGUGUUUAAGCUGAUUUCUGCAAGGAAACCUUCUGGGCUUCCCUUUUCUUUUUCACUCAACCGAUAGAGGGUCACCUUGGGAGGGACUCCAGCAAAUCCCCAAGGGCCCAACCCCGGGCACCCAAGUGAAGGCUUCUCCAGAGGGGACACUGAGGGGUCAGGAGGGCCACUGAGGCCCGGGAGCCCCAGCAGGUGUCCCUGCCAUCAAUUCAGACAACUUUCCUGGAGCCCCUGGCCAGGGCCCAGCUGACCCAGAGCGGUGGCCACCAGCUCGGUCAGCACGCUGCCCCGUCCCCUUCCCCAGGUACAUGGUGGACGCCGCUGACCAGGAGAAGAUUGAGGCCUCCAAGAAUGAGUUGCACAACCUGCUGGAUAAGCCCCAGCUGCAGGGGAUCCCUGUGCUAGUCCUGGGCAACAAGCGAGACCUCCCGGGAGCACUGGAUGAGAAGGAGCUGAUUGAGAAAAUGAACCUGUCCGCCAUCCAGGACCGAGAGAUCUGCUGCUACUCCAUCUCCUGCAAAGAAAAGGACAACAUCGACAUCACACUACAGUGGCUUAUUCAACACUCAAAGUCACGGAGAAGCUGAGACCGCGGCCCGCCUCCUCGGACCAGGAACCCGCCCUGUGAUCCUGAAGCCCCCCGCCGCCCUCUCCCCCAAGCCCA